AUGGAUGUCGGCGUGAUCGUCCUGACCCUCGUGGUGGGCUUGUUUGGGGUGGCGAGCGCCGUGCUGGGCUUCAUCGCCGAGCGCACAAAGCUCACUUGGGAUGACAUCGACAUCGACAGGUUCACCGACGAGUGCGACUACCCGGCCAACCCGGCCUACCUGCUGUCGCUGAUCGCGGUCCCGCUGCUGGCGGUGGCCAUGAUCAUCGCCUCCCUGGCCGGCGGCUGCUGCGGCUGCUGCAGGCCGCGCCACGGCGCCUCCGAGUCCAAGCGGAUCGCCGGCAUCGUCGCCGCCGUCCUCUCAUGGAUCGCGGCGCUGCUCGCGGGGGCGUUCUACGCGAACGGCGCGGUGUGGAACUUCCCCGUCACGAGGUACGGCACCACGUGGUGCAGGCUCCUCAGGGACGGCUACUUCAGGCUGCCGGCCCUGCUGAGCCUCGCCGCCACGGCGCUCGCCCUCGUGUCGUACGUCAUGCUCCGCGCGCGGCCGCCGGCGCCGGCAGCGGCUGGGGCGGGGGCUUCCGGACCCAAGCCCGACGCCCCGCAGGAGCCGCCGGUUGGGGAAGCGGUCGCAGUCCGCCAAAUUAAAACUCAAAAUUAA